ACUUGUGAAACGCUGGGGUUUGGCUGAUGCUGAAAUCCAGACUUUCAGACGUUGUGAUUCCUCGACUUCUUUGAUUCCAGGGCCUGGAGCUCAAGGCAGCAGAUGCUCCGAGCGCGUCGGUGUGGCUGGGGGGGGUCGGUGCUGUGCUGGCCGGGUUCUCAGCGUGCCGUUCUCUCCCCUGCAGUGGUGAGGAGCAGCCCCCAGCUGCGGGUGCCGGUGCGGUGGCAGGGCCGGGCGGCGGCCGCGGUGGUGACGGAGAGCGCCAAGCCCCGGGUGCAGCCCCAGGAGCGGAAACCUAAAACUGGCAUCCUGAUGCUGAACAUGGGAGGCCCGGAGCGGCUGGAUGACGUCCACGACUUCCUCCUGCGCCUCUUCCUGGACAGGGAUCUGAUGACGAUGCCGGCUCAAAACAAACUGGCCCCGUUCAUCGCCAAGCGCCGCACCCCGAAGAUCCAGGAGCAGUACAGCAGGAUCGGCGGGGGAUCCCCCAUCAAGAAGUGGACGGCGGUGCAGGGGGAAGGCAUGGUGAAGCUGCUGGACAGCAUGUCCCCUCACACUGCGCCUCACAAGUACUACAUCGGGUUCCGCUACGUGCACCCGCUGACCGAGGAGGCCAUCGAGGAGAUGGAGAAGGAUGGCAUCGAGAGGGCUGUCGCCUUCACCCAGUACCCCCAGUACAGCUGCUCCACCACAGGAAGCAGUUUAAAUGCCAUUUAUCGCUACUAUAAUGACAAGGGGGAGAAGCCGAAGAUGAAGUGGAGCAUUAUCGACCGGUGGCCCACACACCCCCUUCUCAUUCAGUGCUUCGCUGAUCACAUCCAGAAGGAGCUGAACCUGUUCCCUCCGGACAAGCGGAAAGACGUGGUGAUCCUCUUCUCGGCCCACUCGCUGCCCAUGUCUGUGGUGAACCGGGGUGAUCCGUAUCCCCAAGAAGUGGGAGCCACAGUCCAGAGAGUCAUGGAGAAGCUCAACUACUCCAACCCUUACAGGCUCGUGUGGCAGUCCAAGGUUGGACCAAUGCCUUGGCUUGGUCCCCAGACAGACGAGACCAUUAAAGGACUGUGCCAACGAGGAAAGAAGAACAUGUUGUUGGUCCCAAUAGCCUUUACAAGUGACCACAUUGAAACCCUCUAUGAGCUGGAUAUCGAGUAUUCCCAGGUUUUAGCAAAUGAGUGCGGAGUUGAGAACAUCAGGAGAGCAGAGUCCCUCAACGGAAACCCGCUGUUCUCCAAGGCCCUGGCAGACCUGGUGUGCUCCCACCUGCAGUCCAACGAGGUGUGCUCCCGCCAGCUGACCCUGUGCUGCCCGCUCUGCGUCAACCCCGUCUGCAGGGAGACCAAGGCCUUCUUCACCAACCAGCCGCUGUGAGCCCGGCACAGCCGCCCGGCACAGCCGCCUCCAUCCCACGGGAACUGCCCCCGGACAAGGAAACGGCCCCAGGCAAAGGAGGAGACCCCCUUAGAGACUCGUGGUCUCCCCGUGACAGCACGGGGCAACUGGCCUUUGGUUUCAUUUUUCUGAUGUUUUCUUUGUGCUCGAGAAGAGUUUGUAGGCCGUAGGGAAAUAAGGGCAUUUCUCCUGUCAGGUGGGAGGAGAUCCUGUGUCACCCGGCCCUGAGGGUGCUUAGCCUGAGCCCAGCACUGAGAAACUCCCCCAGCUUUUUUAAAUUAGCUUCUCUUUCUAUGCAGGGUUUAUUUGUGUGCAGGUUGGUCACGAAUGCGUUACCUUCAGCUUGCCAGCUCGAGUGUGCAGUUAUUUUGGGUUUGCUUAAGGUGCAAGUCUGACCAGCACAGUCACCAGUUGUCUCUUCUGAGAGGGACUUUGCAGCUGGCUUUGGAGACUUUGGAAAUCAAGUGACUUCUAAUGCUUUUUAAUAAUGUGUGUAUAUAUAUAUAUAUAUAUUAUUAUUUUUUUUUUAGGGCAUAAAGAUAAGGCUUUGUUUUGUUUGGUUUUCUCCUACCAGAAACUUCCGGUGACAGCUUAGCUGGGACAGUAGAAUGCACAAAAAUUGUUUACAUUUUCUAGGAAAAACAUUGUCAUUAUCUGCAGGAGAGCAUCUGAAGAGCAUGAAUUGAAAGGAGUAAGCCUUGCUUGGGUGAUACUGAAGAUCAUGUUCCAUUGCAACUGCGUGUUUCAAAUCCAGCAGGAGCGUGCAUGGAAACAUGUUAAGCAGAAUGGCUUUUUAAAUUAGUGUUAUUUUCAUUAAAAAGGGCUUUCUCAGUUUGGCUAAGUAAGUUUAGGAAGUCAGGCUUGCUCUCCAGAAGGUUUAUAGAUCUCCUCUGUGCUUUCUACUGUGCCACGGUGCUGUGGGUUUUGUGGGAUACCUGUGGAGUGCCACAGGUGGGAUUGAUCUGGCUCCCUGGACGUUAUUUAAAUGGAGAUGAUGAGUGAGGAGUGAUUUACAUUUGUACACUGCAGGUGCCUGAGGGGGCAGCCCCAGGGUGCUCUGGGCCAGGAGGGGCUUUGCUGGCCCCACUCAGCCCCCCAGAGGGACCCUGGCAGUGUCCCCUCGAGGCACAGGGACCUCCCCAGAGCUGUGACCCCGUUCUGAGCCAUACCUGUGGUAGUGCAGCUGUCCCCUCCUCCUCGGGAGCACGUUUACUUGAUGUCCUUAGCACUGAAUAUUGGGACUGGGGCAGUGCAGGCUGGCUCCUGGCAACCCCUGCUGGUGGUUGGGAAGCCACGCUGCUCGUCCAGGUUCAUCUGCUCAGGUAAAGGUGAGGCACGGCCAGUUUGAACCUCUGCUCUUUGCAGAACGGUGUUUAAGGAGAGAAGAGGCCCCUCGUGGCGUGUCAGGGGUUUGUUUGGUCCUGUCCUGCUGGAAGAACUAAAGGCAGGAUGCUAAAGGAGCGGGUGGAUGUGUAGGGCAGCCUGUGGGCCAAGUGCUGCCCACUUGGAGUGGUGUAAAUCCCCCUGAUCCACUGCCACAGCUGCUUCCCAGAGGGAGACAGACUGAGAUUCCUGCAGUGCCAGAACCUCCUGCAUCACUGCUGUCCCUCACAGAACUAAGUCUUCCUUGACCCUCCAAGCCUGUGCCUGUGGCAGUGGCAGGGAGCCAGAGGCAUCUCUUCUCCCUCUCGUGCUCCAUCCUUGCUCUCUGCUUGCUGCCUUGGCAGGAAAGAGGAGCACAAAUGUCCAGCAUGUCUGGGGACACUGGCCUUAUGUCUCUCCUUGGACACAGAACUUUCUCUGUUCCCCCUUCUCUGUGUGACACUUAGGGGGCAGUGGAAAACGAUCUGGUUUAUCAAAUCUUCCUACUCCUGUUUCCUCCCAGCUGAAGGGGACGUGGACCUUGGGGUGGGCCAGGCUGUGACCAGCACAUUUCCAAGUGUGGAGAGUGAGGUUUGCCUUCAUAUGAACCUUGUGGUACUAUAAAUACAGACUGGCUUUCCAUCCCCAUGCUGGAGAGAGCGCUGAAAGUACAAGCUGGCACUGAUUCUGAGGCAUUAUGUUUGUCCCCAGUAAUAAGAGGUACUUAAAAUUCACUUUUGACUGUUCUAACCGCACGUGGGAUAAUUACUCCGUUGCUGCUAUUAGGCCAUCAUGUAGAAACCACUUAAUUUUCCAGCUUUUAGCAGACGGGGCCUGUCUCCCGGAGCUGGUGGUACUGUUUGUUAGUUUUAUCAGAGGUUUCUGAGGAGCCCCUCGUCUCUCACAGCCAGUGUCACUGGGUUGGGUGAGUGUCUGCCCCGAGGAGGGAUGAAUCCCAUCUCUGCAUGUGCCUUCCUCAGCCCUUUCCAGUGGUGUGUAGCUCCGGAGUUUGCAGCCUUGCUCCUCCUGCCCGUGGGUGUUCCCUGUGUCCCUCCUGCACGUUGUGAAACCUUUGGUGCUACUGACUCCGGACCCAGAGCCCUUCCCACGCCUGCAGCACCUGGGAGAACCCUGCUCCUUGGACACCCAUCCAGUGGGAUCGUUAGCAGUGGCACUCCUGCUUCCCACCAGCACUCCCAGCCAGCACUGCGGAGCUCUGGCCUCGGGAUAUCGACUGGAAAUCAAGGAGUUAGGGACAGGAGUAGUGUCCUGAGGAGAGAAAUGGGAAGUAAAGGGGAUGAGGUUGUUCUCCUGAUUUCACACUCUCUGUAGUUUGGCUUUUGUCUUUUCUUUAUUGAGUUGAAGUUUUUCUCCUUUGAGCUCCUCUCUCACGUCUCCCUCGGUCCUGGCUGCGCUUCAGAGGAGGUGGGAGCUUCCAAAAGGUGCUGUGGCACCAAAAGGUGUGGGGAGGGUGUCUGAGCACAGCUGAGUUCAGAGGGGCCAGGCUUUUCCUAGGCACACCUAAAAGCUCAGUGUACUCUCCCUUUCCACUACCCCAGAGAGCUGGGAGUCACCACGAGGUGUAGACUGCAAGUGAGAGCAGUUCCUUUGAUUCUCUUAAUGCCAGAUGAGCACAGGUUCUUGCUUUUAGCCCAACAUAUGCAUUUCAGAUUGACCAAGGACUUCCACUGAUGUAACACAGCCCAUUUGGAUAAUCCUACUGUGUGUUGUUUACCAUAAGGAUGGAAUCUCAAUUAAACUUUUUUUGGAAGAAAUGA